CGACUGGGGGCGUGUUCCGUGCUGAGACGUAACGUCAUAACCAAUGAAUGAUAAUGUAGGUUUAAAGUUACAUACGUUACAGUGCAAGAUCAAGAGAAACAGUCUGAUUGAAACUGUUAUUGACAAACAUAAAUGUGGGUACAAACGGAGGUCAAGUGAAUCGCUGCAAGACCUUUUUUAAGACAGGAUUGGUGUUGUUUUUGCAGGAGUUCAAAGUUCACAUCUCGGGGUCUUUCACAAAUAAAAACAGUAUAUAUUCCUGUUACUCUACAAGUAAAUGGCCGCUUCAUCUAAAAGCAGAAAUGUCACAAGGUUUGAAAACAAGUUGGAGAGUGAAGACACGAGUGAUACAGACCCAUGCAGAGGCAAAAAUGAAGAUAUUAAUAAGGAACAAAGAGAUAAAUACUUGCCCAAAAGAAAGCAAAGAGCAGAGGCCAGCAAAUCUUUGACUUGUCCUCAUUACGGAAAGGGAUUUGAAAGUAACAAACACCUUGUGGAGCACCAAAAAAUUCACAAUGAAGAAAAGCUCUUCACCUGCACCCAGUGUGAAAAAUGUUUCAAAAGCAAAAAGUCACUUAUGGAGCACAUAAGAAAUCACACUGCAGAGCGCUCGCACCCAUGUCUUCAGUGUGGAAAUAGUUUCACCAAAAAAAGUAGUCUUGAAAGCCACAUGAGAAUUCACACUGGAGAACACCCGUACACAUGUCUUCAGUGUGGAAAGAGUUUCAAACAUAGUGGUAGUCUUACGCUCCACAUGAUAAUUCACACUGGAGAGCGCCCAUACACAUGUCUUCAGUGUGGAAGGAGUUUCAAACGCAGCAGUCAUCUCACGGAGCACAUGAAAACUCACACUGGAGAGCGCUCGUACGCAUGUCUUUACUGUGAAAAGAGUUUCACGCAAAAACAUGGUCUGGAAUGCCACAUGAGAAUUCACACUGGAGAGAGUCCAUACGUGUGUCUUCCGUGUGGAAAGAGUUUCACACACAAAAAUGGUCUGGAGUACCACAUGAGAAUUCACAACGGAGAGCUCCCAUACCCUUGUGUUGAGUGUGGGAAGAGUUUCGCAAAGAAAUCUAGUUUUACGUCUCACAUGAGAGUUCACACAGGAGAGCAGCCAUACAGAUGUCCUCAAUGUGGAAAGAGUUUUAAACACAAAAGUAGUCUUGAAUUUCACAUGAGAAUUCACAAUGGAGAGCGCCCAUACGCUUGUGUUGAGUGUGGGAAGAGUUUCGCAAAGAAAUCUAGUUUUACGUCUCACGUGAAAAUUCACACAGGAGAGCAGCCAUCCAAAUGUCUUCAGUGUGGAAAGAAUUUCACAAGCAAAGCAAAACUUACUGAACACAUGAGAGUUCACAGUAAAUAAAGACCAUACACGUCUUCAAUGUGGAAGGAGUUUUAAAUACAAAAAUGGUCUUAAGUACCACAUGAUGAUUCACAGUUGAGAGCGCCCAUUUUCAUGUCUUCAGUGUGGAAAGAGUUUCACAAGCAAACGUGCUCUUAAGUACAGUACCACAUGACGAUUCGCACUAGAGAGCACCCAUCCACCUGUCUUUAGAGUUUCAAAUGCCUAUUGUAGGCUUAAAGCGAUACUCCAGCCAAAUAUCCAAAUAACCCCAUCAUUUACUCACCCUCAAGCCAUUCGAGAUGCAUAUGUCCAUCAUCUUUCAGACAAACACAUUUGGAGUUAUUUUAGUUAAUGUCCUUGCUCUUCCAAUCUUUAUAACGAUAGAAAACUGGGAUCGGGGAACAACUAUUGAGUUUAAACCCCAAAAAGUGUAUCCAUCAUUUAUAAGGACAUUUACUAAAUAACUCCUAAUGUGUUCGUCUGUAAGAUGAUUGACGUAUGUAUCUCGUAUUGCUUGAGGGUAAGAAAAUCAUGGAGUAAUUUUGAUAUUUGGCUGUAGUAUCUGUAGUAUAAAUCAAAGGUCUUCGGUAGCUUCUGGAAAACCCUGUGAAAGCAUUUGUGACAUUUUAAUAUUUUCUUUCAUAUGUUUUUAUGUUCAAUGAUUUUAAUCAAUUAACAAUCCAUUGUUUUAACACUGAUGUCAUUACUAAAAUUUAUUUGUAUGCAAUAUUAUAUAUUUUAUUACCUUUUUUCUUUUUAAUAAAUGUACAUUUUUUCA